GGGCGUGGAAACUUACUUCCGCUAUUCCGUUAUUUCGACAGGCAAAAUUCUGCAAAUCAGAUAGAGGAUAUCAGGCCGCCAAAGCCUCAGUUUAGGAUGGAGUUCGCUGAGCUGAUAAAGACGCCUCGUGUGGAUGGCGUGGUGCUCCAUCGUCCCUUCAUGCCCACCGUGGAGGGGACGCUGUGCCUGACCGGACACCACCUCAUCCUGUCCUCCCGCCAGGACAACACGGAGGAGCUGUGGCUCCUGCACUCCAACAUCGACUCCAUCGAGAAGAGGUUCGUGGGGUCCUUGGGAACCAUCAUUGUCAAAUGCAAAGACCUGAGAAUCAUCCAGCUGGACAUUCCGGGCAUGGAGGAGUGUCUGAACAUCGCCAGCUCCAUCGAGGCUUUAUCCACUCUGGACUCGGUCUCCCUGAUGUACCCCUUCUUCUACCGGCCCAUGUUUGAGGUCAUUGAGGAUGGGUGGAACUUAUUCCUGCCGGAGCAGGCUUUCAAGCACAUCGAGGCUGUGACGGACGAGUGGAGGCUGAGCAGUGUUAAUAAGGACUUCACGGUGUGCCCCACUUACCCCCCUCUGGUGAUCGUCCCCAAGGACAUCGAUGACGACACCCUCCGCAAAGUGGCCACCUUCCGGCACGGGGGCCGAUUCCCUGUGCUCAGCUACUACCACAAGAAGAACGGCAUGGUGAUGAUGCGAGCAGGGCAGCCCCUGACCGGCACCAACGGCCGGCGCUGCAAGGAGGACGAGAAGCUGAUCAACGCCACGCUGCGCGCGGGCAAGCGCGGCUACAUCAUCGACACCAGGACCAUCAACGUGGCCCAGCAGGCCAAGGCACGGGGCGGGGGGUUCGAGCAGGAGGCCAACUACCCCCAGUGGAGGAGGAUCCACAAGGCCAUCGAGAGGUCCAACAUCUUGCAGGAGAGCCUGAUUAAGCUGGUGGAGGCCUGCAAUGACCAGUCCCACAGCAUGGACCGCUGGCUCAGCAAGCUCGAAGCCUCCAACUGGCAGACCCACGUCAAGGAGAUCCUCACCACCGCCUGCCUGGCGGCGCAGUGCAUCGACAGGGAGGGUGCGUCAGUGCUGGUCCACGGCACCGAGGGGACAGACUCCACACUCCAGGUCACCUCUCUGGCCCAGAUCAUCCUGGACCCGGGCUGCAGGACCAUCCGCGGGUUCCAGGCCCUAGUGGAGAGGGAGUGGCUCCAGGCGGGCCACCCGUUCCAGCAGCGCUGUGCGCAGUCGGCGUACUCGAUGGGCAAGCCGCGCUGGGAGGCCCCCGUCUUCCUGCUCUUCCUGGACUGCGUCUGGCAGAUCCUCCGCCAGUUUCCCUGCUCCUUCCAGUUCAGCGAGCACUUCCUGGUGCUGCUGUUCGAGCACGCCUACGCCUCGCAGUUCGGUACCUUCAUGGGAAACAACGCUGCCGAGCGGCUGAAGCUGAAGUUGUCUCAGAAGACGGUGUCUCUCUGGUCCUGGGUAAACCGGCCCCAGGAGAUGGAGCGCUUCCUCAACCCUCUGUACGAGCCCAACAGCCUGGUCAUCUGGCCCUCCGUGGCCCCCCAGAGUCUGCUGCUGUGGGAGGGUGUGUUUCUGCGCUGGAAUCGUUCCUCUAAGUGCCUGGAGGAGGCGUACGAAGAGAUGCUGCACAUCAUCGAGUACAACAAGGAGCUGCAGAACAAGGUCAAUGCCCUGCGGAAGCAGGUGGCCCAGCUGGAGACCGAGGACAGCCUGCUGGACACGCCUUAGCGAGGGCCGAGGAACCGUGGCCGUAUCAGCCAACACCAAUGCACACUCCUCAGCUCCGCCCCCCCACCAUGCACACUAAACCAAAUCCCCCGGCCGCCCCCAUAAACACACUACGCAGACACUUCGUAACACUGGCCUUAUGCCCCUGGGAUAGACCUGAACGCUGGUCCCAGAGUUCAAGUACAGUCAAGUCCCCCUAGCAUAGACCUAAAUUCUCGGGUCAUAUAAAAUGUCGGGCUCUGGUUUAAAUAACUACACACCCAAAGAACCUGCCAAAUGGUCCAUGUGGAAGCUUUCCUUUGAAUGGAUGAUGUGAGGAUAGCGUAGCACUCGCUUCAGAGGGAGUCUUCAGGUGUGGGGAUGGAGCCACUGUCACUACGUUACAGUAAUAACAAAACUGAUUUACCAAUGUAAUUUAAAACAUCAAAAUAUGAGCCAUGAUCAUGA